AUGUGGGAUUUCAAUGAUCCCCAUACUGACUGGGUAUAUGUUAUCUUAGGACAAGAUGCAGAGAUAAAUGUUCUUGACACCUUAAAUCACUGUUUCUUGGAGUGGCUGAUCCUGGAACCCACAACAAGAGGAGAGGUAAUUCUUGAUGUAUUCCUAAAUGGAGCAGAGAAUCUGAUCCAAGAGGUCCAAAGUAGUUAUCAAGAAAGGAGCAUGGAAUCAGGAAGGAAGAGGAACUGUUAUUUCAUGGUGUAUCUUGAAGAUUUAGAUCAGGAAAAAAAGGGAAAUAAAACGGAGACUGUGAGCAUCCAGAAGGCAUUUCAGAAAUUCAGAAGAAAACGUCAGGAGGAGCUGCAGAUGCUCCUAGGGAAGAAACUAUCUAUCCAGAGCCAACUUCGGGAUCCUGACUAUCGGUGGCAGCUGCGGAUGAAGUUUCUAGAGCAGGCAAAGAGUUACAUAGGCGUGCCCUAUGCCAAGAAGUACCACGAGCCAGGCACUCCAGAGUAUGAAUCCCCACUUUUCCUGGACUGCUGCGGACUGAUUCGGAGGGUGCUGUGUGACUUAAAAUCAGAAUUUGGCUUUUGUAUCGGUCCAGGAAACCAGGCAUAUCAGUACGACACACUCCCCAUCACUCUGCCCAGUGAGGAGCACAUGAAGCCAGGAGACCUCAUCUUCAUUUCAGGAACGUACUUCAACACGGAACGAAGGAGGCAAUUCCAUGACAUUGUCCAUGUGGAGAUCUGGUUGGGGGCCGGUGAGAGUAGCCUCGGGGCCAGGUGGAAAAGGGGCAGGCUGCAGAUCUUUGAUUCCUACAAGUUUGUCUCUUCCUCCUACGGAGACAUGGAGUAUCACUUCAAAUCCAUUGAAACUUGGCUCCAAGGCAUCUGUGUCAGCCAUUGCCCAGAACACAAGUGGGCUUCCGUUAGAGAGCUUCCCGGAAAGAAGUCUGUCUUCAAUCCUGAGGCAGAACAACAGAAAUCUGCUGAAGAUGAAGGAGGUGGCCUGGGAAAGGAAGGUGAAAUGCCACUAAAAAAUGAAGAGACAGCUCCCAGAUCCCAAGGCACAGCUCAGGACAUUAUGAGCAGAACCAGAUUGAGUGAGAGCAUCCAAAGGGUUGCUGUGGAUUUACAGGGCAUCUCAAGGACUGGGUCUAAUAUUACCAAAAAGGAGGAAGUAGAAAGGAGGUUAGAUACAGACGCUAAUAAAACCAGAGGACUGUCACCAGUCAGCUUGCUGCUGCAGACUGACCUUACUAAGCUGGACUUGGAAAGCAGUAAUCGUGCAUCUCCAGAUGGAAAUUUGGGUCAGGAUAAAGAUUCUGAAAAAGCCGAAGAACCAAAGACAGGAGCAAAAGCAGCAUCUAAGGUCAGCCAAGCAAACAGUAGCGAUCUCAACCUUUCCCAGACUGCCCAUGAUUCUGGCAUAAUAGCCCCAAAUGCCCCUUCAAGCUCCAAAUUAAACUCCAAGAAGGCAUUAGCAACUAGCAAGAGGAAAAAGGGAGCCAAAUCAAUGACAAAAGGAGGAGAUGAGCAGCUGGUUGGAUCAUCAUCAGCUGAUACAGCUGCUUCCAGCACAUCUGAUGUGGGGCUGGUGGAUGAAACCAAGUCCAAAGGGAAUACAACAAAUAGUACAACAGACCCUGAAGUAGAUCAGCCAGAAGUCAAGAAGGGAGAGGUGCCUCGGGGUCCAGGGCCGUUCUUUUACAUUGGCGGGGCUAAUGGAGCUGGCCUGGUGAGCGUCUACUGCCGAAGCAAAGGCUGGCAGCGUAUCCAUGACAACAAAAGGGAGGAUUACAAACUGAAAUGGUGCGAGACCAAGAGUCGGGAGACCUAUUACAACUUCAAAGAAGGUGAACAGCUUCUGUACCAGAUCCCCAACAAUAAGGUCCUCACGACUAAGAUUGGCCUUUUGAGCAGCCUGAGGGAGUACGAGCGGGUGAUGAACAAGAUCAGCACGAACCUGAACCCCAAGUUCUCCCAGAGGAUAUUGAAGAUGGAAGACUUCUUCCCAGAAUCCUUUCGACUGGACAUAAAAGACGAGAAAGAAGCUUUCUUUGAACUCUACAAAGACACACAGAUUUGGAUCUGCAAACCCACCUGCUCCAACCAAGGUCGAGGAAUUUUCCUGCUUAAAAACCAGGCAGCGGUCAAAUCGCUUCAGGCCAGGCUCCAGAGCAUCGAGGAAGAUCCUGUGUACAAGAAGCUGCCGUACAAGGCUCCCCAGGCAAGAGUAGUACAAAGGUAUAUCCAAAAGCCUCUGCUCCUCGAGGGGAAGAAGUUUGAUGUCCGUUCUUACUUCCUCAUUGCCUGCACAGUGCCAUAUGUGUUGUUUUUUGGCCAUGGCUACGUCCGACUUACCUGCACCCGCUACGAUGCCACUUCCGAUGACCUCACGGCACAUCUGACCAAUCAGUACAUGCAGAAGAAAAACCCCCUGUACAGCCAGCUGAAGGAGGAGACGGUGUGGCGGAUGGAGCGCUUCAACAGCUAUGUUAAUGAUAAAUUCAGGCAAGCCAAGGGCCUCCCCAAGGACUGGGUCUUCACUGUGUUCACUAAGCGAAUGCAGCAGAUCAUGAUGCAGUGCUUCCUGGCUGUCAAGUCCAAGCUGGAAUGCAAACGGGGCUACUUUGAUCUCAUUGGUUGUGAUUUCUUGGUUGACGAAAACUUUAAGGUCUGGCUGCUGGAGAUGAACGCCAACCCCGCGCUGCACACCAACUGUGCAGUCCUGCAGGAUGUCAUCCCCACCGUGGUCAAUGAGACUCUUGAUUUGGUCCUUGAGAUUUUCAACAAGAGCUUGAAAGGCCAGAGAAUUGUACCUUUGCAGACCCUGUGCCAUUUUGUGCUGCUCCAUAAUGGGGGUGCGUCUGAAACUGUAGUGAGAGCCUCAAAGACAAGAUACUCCCUGGGCACUUCGAGGAACCAAAAGCCAUUGACGGAAAACACCAGUCACCUUGCUCGGCUUCUUCCCAAAGCAGCAGAGAAGCCUACAAAGAAACCAAGCGGCUCGGGGGAAAACACCAUCUCUCCUCCUCAAGGGGGUCCCCAGAAAACUGUUGUAACGAUGCCGCAGGUGCAGAUCAUGGACAUACGCAAAGUCCACGCCAGCCAUCCUUUGAAACCCACAGUUCAAAGUGGCCAGGUGAGCAGUACUUGCAGCCAGUACAUUAUCAGGCCUGUGGUUUUCUUCGAGGAAGGUAGCCUGGCCAAGCACAGCAUGGGCAAUGGUUCAGAGAAGGACACGGCCAACUCUGUCGUUCCUGUGGCUGCUGCUUCAAAAGAGAAGGCCUAUGGCGUGUGGUUUCAGAAGACCUUCGGGAUUAAAUCUCCCACUUCUGGUAAAGAAGACCAGGCCUUCACCAGCUCCCAGAUGGUCUCUUUUCACCUCCAGUCCAAGGUCUCAAAUGGCUCGCCCUGCUUGAAAGACUCUAAGCCACUCGGACAACCCUUGACCCGCCCACCAGCCAAGGAGACCCCAUUGACCAAGGACAGCAAAGCAACGGCUGCAUCCCAGUGCGCCGAACCGCCUCCAGAUGACCAGAAAAAGGUGUCUCAUCGCGGGUCUUAGCUGGAGAUCCCUGUGUGUUGAAUACAUGAUGUUUUCCCAUAACAAACAUAAAAAUAAUGCCAAAACAUUCUAUAGAGCUGUGACGUAUCUACGCAUUGUAUGGAAACAUUCAUUGAUUUUCAUAAGCGAUUUUGUUAUUUUAAAAGAAAAAGAGAGAUGAUUGAUGGUCAGGAAUCAGUGUAAUGCGCAAUGUAACAUGUG